UUUGCCGUGAGGAUUAUCCUCGAGAUCUCUGAAAUGCUACAGCUGAGCGUUGCUGUCUGGUUUACUCUCCUGCCAUGCUAUCCACAGACGCAAUAUUGAACCGGCGCACGAAUGGAACCGUCACCGCCGUCGUCACAGUCGUCGCCCUGCUCUGCGGCGCUGGAUACGCCCUCGGGAUGUGGUUCCUCGGCCGACGCUGGGCGCAUCAGGCUCGAUCGAAAGCGUUCACGCUCAGCAAGUGGCCAAGAAGACUUGUGCCUGCCUUUCACGUCUGCUUGACGCUUACUAGCCUGCUGGAGACGGCUCUCGACGGCUGGCUUCUAGGCCAGUACCACUACACCGGCCGCUAUGCCACCGUAGGCUCACGAGAUGGGGUCCGCGCCUCAUUGAUCGCCGCGGUCUGGACGCUUGUCUGCUCCAUCGCUUUCACAGCCAUGUUCCUGCACCCCUCGCUGUGGAGGCAUCCCAUUGCCUCAUCGGGUGCACAGGCCAUCUGGAUCCUCCUCACCUGGUGCAUCUGGGUCGCAGCAACGGCAACCAUGACCCGCGCGUUACCACUACUCAGCACGAAGACAAGAUGCGCGGGCGCAGAAUAUUGUGGGCAACUCCGUACCGUAUUUGGGCUGUCAUUAGCGGAGGUGCUGUUGCUGACAUUGGGUAUGUUCGGUAUGGCUCGGUCGUUCUGGAAGACGUACUACUCGCCUCGAUACUGACAGUCGGUCUGCCUUUGCUUGUAUCUAUGUGACUUGAGUUUUGCUCGGCUCGCGAGUAUUGAGGGAUUACUACUUCGUAUAGACGCGUUGAUCGCCG